UUUCUUGUAUGAUUGAGCUCUUGGCUUUGUUGUGAAGCUCUUCUUCUCGACUUUCUGACCGCUGAAUGUUUCCAGCUUCACACAUCGCUGUGGUUUGACUUUGACAAGUGUCACAAAACUCACAGCAGCAGCAGAACUCAUGAUCAGACCUCCGGGGUUUCGUGUGACUGCAAUAGUCUGAUUGAAUCACAGGAAUCAGAUUGCCUGUGGCUCUCCUGAUCUGGAUUCGGUAGGGGUGAGCCUGGGUUUGGGACGAGCUCCGUUAUUCGCUGUCAGUAUCUCGAUGGUGUUGUAAGGAUGUUUGUGUGCUGCUGACAGUUUCCUGAAGAUCAGACGCUCCUCUGGAGCCUCAGACUUCGGUGGACGCGGGUCGCUCGACGGCAGGAUCGUCCGAUUCCCGUCUGCAGAGGGGAAAUAUAAAUGGCUUUGACGGCGUUCGUUAGCAUGGAGCCGUGUGACGGGCGGGCGGAGAAGCAGGCGUGUGGCGCGGCCCUGCAGGUUCAUCUGUACUGCUGCAGAGACGAAGCGAGCACGCUGACGUACCCGCCCGGAGAAUACGUGGCAGAAGAGCUCUGCAUCAGCGCAGCCAAGGAGUGCGGUGUCAGUCCGCCGUACUGCAGUCUGUUCGGACUCAUGAGAGAGCAAGACCGCGUGUGGCUUCCGCCCAAUCACGUCCUCAAGAUCGAGGCCUCGGCCAAUGAGACGCUGCUGUUCAGGAUCAGGUUUUAUUUUCCAGGCUGGUACGGCAGCGGAUCAAACUCGGCCCGCAGGUACGGCGUCACCAAGAGUUCGGAGGCGCCCGUGCUCGACGACGUCACUAUGGCGUACCUGUUUGCCCAGUGGAGGUCAGAUUUUCUGAGCGGCACGAUCAGCGUUCCCAUCAGCCUGGAGUUUCAGGAAGAGUGCUUGGGAUUGGCUGUUCUUGAUAUGAUGCGUUUGGCCAAAGAAAAAAACAAGUCACCUGUUGACAUCUACAACCACAACAGUUACAAGUCGUUCCUCCCGAAGAACAUGCGAGCGCACAUUCAGAAUCAGCACUUUGUGACGAGGAAGCGGAUCCGUUUCCGCUUCAGGAAGUUCAUUCAGCAGUUCGGCGCGUGUAAAGCUACGCCGCGAGACCUGAAGCUCAAAUACAUGGUCAGUCUGGAGACGCUGCAAUCGGCCUUCUACACCGAACAAUUUCACGUCAACGAACCGUCCGCCGGAAACGUCACCAUCGUCGUCAGCGGGAACCUUGGCAUCCGAUGGUCGAGAGUAAAAGAGGCCAGAGACCGAGAGGAUCCGCAGGUGUACUGCGAUUUCUCCGACGUCAUCGACAUCAGUAUAAAGCAGGGGACUAAAGACGGAUCCGUGGAGAAUCGAAUCGUCUCGAUAAACAGACAGGACGGUCAGACGCUGGAACUGGAGUUUCAUUCUCUGAGCGAGGCGCUGUCCUUCGUGUCUUUGAUCGACGGAUAUUACAGACUCACUACAGACGCUCAUCAUUACCUGUGUAAGGAGGUGGCGCCCCCUAGACUGCUGGAGGCCAUUCAGAUCAGCUGUCACGGGCCAGUGUCGACGGAGUUUACCAUCAGCCGCUUGCGACGAUGUGAAAACCAUAGAGGCAUUUUUAUCCUGCGUUGCAGCCCGAAAGAUUACGACAGGUACUUCCUGUCCUUCGUCGUUGAGUACGAAGGUCAGCUGGAGUUCAAGCACUGUCUGGUCGUUCGCUCUCAUUCCGGCGAGUUUGUGCUCAACGGAGCCAAAUGCAGUUUCGGUAGUUUGGGCGAAUUACUGCAGCACUACCAGAAGGAGGCGCUGCGCUCCGACAGACACGUGUUCCAGUUCAGCCGCUGCUGUCCGCCGCGCAGCAAAGAUAAAUCCAAUCUGCUGGUGUGCAGGAGCAGUCAAACCUCUGACGCGUGUCUCUCGCCGACCGAAUUCAAACACGUCAACCAGAUGAUCUUCCACAAGAUCCAUAAAGAGGAUCUGGAGACCAGGGAAGGUUUGGGUCAGGGAACGUUCACGCAGGUCUUCCGCGGCGUCCGGAGGGAGCUCGGCGAUUACGGGGAGAUCCAUAAGAUGGACGUGGUGUUGAAAGUUCUAGAUAAAACCCACCGCAACUACACUGAGUCGUUCUUUGAGUCGGCGAGCAUGAUGAGCCAGCUAUCCCACAAACACCUGCUGCUCAAUUACGGCGUCUGCGUGUGCACUGAUGAGCACAUCAUGGUGCAGGAGUACGUGCGCUUCGGCUCUCUGGACACGUACCUGAAACGAAACCGCAACACCAUCAACAUCACCUGGAAGCUGGAGGUGGCUAAACAGCUAGCGUGGGCGCUACAUCACCUGGAGGAGAAGAACCUGAUCCACGGAAACGUCUGCGCCAGGAACGUUCUGGUGACCCGAGAAGAAGACCGAAAGACGGGAACGCCUCCGUUCAUCAAACUCAGUGACCCGGGCAUCAGCAUCACGGUGCAGCCCAGAGAAUUUCUGGUGGAUCGUAUCCCGUGGGUUCCUCCCGAGUGCGUGAAGGACAGCAAGAACCUGAGUUUGGCAGCAGACAAGUGGAGUUUCGGCACCACGCUGUGGGAGAUCUACUGUGGCGGAGAACAUCCGCUCGCGGCGUACGACGGAUCCAAGAAGCUGCUGUUCUACGAAGACAAGCACCAGCUUCCGGCUCCCAAAUGGACCGAACUGGCCAGUGUGAUCAACAGCUGCAUGGACUACGAGCCGCUGCAGCGCCCCUCGUUCAGAGCCGUCAUCCGAGACCUCAACAGCCUCUUCACGCCAGACUACGAGCUGCUGGUGGAGAGCGACACGGUUCCCAGCAGGCAUCGGGCUUUGGGUUUCGCCGGAGCGUUUGAGAACCAGGAACCCACUCAGUUCGAGGCCAGACACCUGAUCUUCCUCCAGCUGCUGGGAAAGGGGAACUUCGGCAGCGUGGAGAAGUGUCGCUACGACCCGCUGCAGGACAACACGGGCGAGGUCGUGGCGGUCAAGAAGCUGCAGCACAGCACGGCCGAACACCUGCGAGACUUCGAGCGGGAAAUCGAGAUCCUGCGCUCGCUGCAGCACGAGAACAUCGUCAAAUACAAGGGAGUGUGUUACAGCGCGGGUCGUAAGAACUUGCGGCUGGUCAUGGAGUUUUUGCCGUUCGGCAGUUUGAGAGAUUAUCUUUCAAAGAACAAGGAGCGUUUCGACCACAUGAAGCUGCUGCUGUACGCGUCUCAGAUCUGCAAGGGGAUGGACUACCUCGCGUCCAAGCGCUACGUCCAUCGAGAUCUGGCCACCAGGAACAUUCUGGUGGAGAGCGAGUUUCGCGUGAAGAUCGGAGACUUUGGCCUGACUAAAGUCCUUCCUCAGGAUAAGGAGUAUUACACCGUCCGUGAGCCGGGCGAGAGCCCCAUAUUCUGGUACGCGCCGGAGUCUCUGACCGAGAGCAAGUUCAGCGUGGCGUCGGACGUCUGGAGUUUCGGAGUCGUUCUCUAUGAACUCUUUACAUACAGCGACAAAAGCUGCAGUCCUCCGGCGGUGUUUAUGGAGCAGAUGGGGGAGGACAAACAGGGCCAGAUGAUCGUUUAUCACCUGAUCGAUCUGCUGAAGCGAAACUACCGUCUGCCGGCUCCCGACGGCUGUCCCGCCGAGGUUCACGCGCUGAUGAAGGAGUGCUGGGCGGCAGAACCGGGCGAUCGGCCCACGUUCAAAGAUCUCGCUCAGAGAGUCGACGCCAUACAGGACAGCAAGAACGUCUGACGUCUCCCAACGUGUUUCACACCGAGCCGCUCUGUGUGACUGUCCCCGUCCUCCAGGAAUAAUGUAAAGGCUCUGUUUAACCGGAAUUCUGGGAUGCCGUUUGUUCUAAAUGCCAAGCAAGCAGAAAUACGAUGACUGUCACUGAACUAAAGUUCAGAUAUGAUAAACAUCUGUGAUUUGUAUUUUUCACUUUUCCGCUCACUGUAAGAACACAAAGGGUCAUUUUUAGAUCAGCUCGUAUGUUGUUUUUCUCUCAUUGUUUCAUGAACUCCACUUUGAAAACCCCUGGAUGAGCUGAACGUUCCAGAAAUGUUUCCGUGUUCAGCGCGAGACGUUUACAGGGCAGAAGUUUGUCUCGCAGGUGAUGUUCGCUGAGACGCGUGUGGACGCAAGUGUUCGUGGGAAAUAGAUCGUUUGACUGAAAUCUCCUGCGGCGUGUCUUUAAACAGCAGAUUUGUGUACAGUAAGUAUUAUACAUGCAGUUUCAGUGAGCCUCGUAUUCACGUGGGAUGUUUGUAGAUAUUCCUGUGUGACGUUCAGAUCAUCAGCGUGUCGGUUUGACGUUCAGUGUCACUGUAAGCAGAUCCUGAAGAGUGAAACACUGUGGGUUUGUGACCAAAAUAUGCAAACCGCAUGAAAACGUCACAUCAGCACUUCCUGAUAAUCUUCAUGUUCUCUCCGUACUCAUUUCUGCUGUUGGAUUUGUUUGUUCCGCUGCUUUGAUUUGAUAUGUUGAGAAGUUUAGAUGCAGCAGUUCAUUUUUAUCAUUUCAUCUCAAACACUGAACCGCCUGCGUUUCUCUGCAACACGGACUCGAAACUUUAUUCAGCCUUUACUGAAUGAGUAUGAAUGCACUAAAGGAUUGAUUUUAUUAUUACUGCAACUAUUUGUAAGAUUUUUUAUGAGGUACACUGGUGUACUGAUGUGGAAUUUUAAAGAUGUUCCAAAAAUACGAAAGCGACGUUUACUUUUUUUCUAUAAGACCAAGUGAAUAAAUACAUUUUGGAAAUAA